AUGGCAUCGUUUGUUGAAGAUCUUAAGAAGGAACUCCAAUGUUCCCGGUGUACUGUUAAAUCCUCAGCUUCUUGGCAAUGUCGCGACUGUGAUGAUACUUUAUUGCUGUGUGAUAGAUGCGAGGGCUGGCACUCAUUGCUUUACAGUCACCGGGUCCGUCAUCUGGCUGAUUUGACGAGCGAGGAUAUUGAGAGGAUAAGAGCUCGUGUUAAUGCUGCUAAUCAAGAUCGUCAAAACGGAUCAAACGAUCAAACGGAUUUCACAGCAGGCCAUACGAGGGGCACUAUUGAGGUGAAGUCUGAGACAGAAGCUUUAAAGACAGAAAGGUUGAUAGUGACGACUAGAUCAGGAGAACUCAACCAAAUGCAUGUUCAAUUCAGGCCUGAAGGAAAUGUGACAAUAGUAAAUAGAUAUGAGCGAACUGAUGGUAAAGUUGGUACAAUUGAAUUCAUGGCUAAAGUACCUGGUCAGUUGACAGCAGAGGUUCAAGUGAAUGAGAUUGAUGCAUCUACUAGUCGUCCACUAGUGGUGAAUGUCAGGCCACAAAAGAUGAGAAUAACAGGACAGUUCAACAUGGAAGGUGUAAAUAUAGGAUCUAGUGAAAUAAGAGAUAUAGCAGUAAAUAGAGACAAUAGCAGGAUCGCUGUUUCUGCUAUAAAAUAUAGCAGCCUUAAUUGGGGUACAAUCGUACGAAGAGGUAUCACAGCAAAAAUAGACAGGAGCCGUGGUCCAAAUGAAUUUCCUUACGGUGUCUUUGUAUUCAACAUUGAUGGAAAUCUCUUAUGUUCGUGUGAUAUUGAAAGUGAUGAACAUAAUAGUCCUCAAGGUUUAGCAUUUCUGAAUGAUAAAGAUUUAGUCAUAGCAGACCGCGGUUAUCACAGAAUGUGUAUAGUGAACACUACAACAGGGGCAUUGGUAAAACCAUUUGGUAACCAAGGUAACGGUGAUGGACAGUUUCGUUUUCCAUGUGGAGUACACGUUGAUGACGAUGGUAACAUCAUUGUGUGUGAUGGUGGUAAUCAUCGUGUUCAAGUCUUCACAAGAGAUGGUGACUAUCAAUAUCAGUUUGGUUUGAGAACACAGGACGUGUUUUUUCUUGGUGAUGUGAUAACACAUAAACGACUGUUUUACGUCAGUGAUGAUAAUAAUCACAUUAUUCAGGUAUUUAAGAAGAUACAUAACGUACCGACUAGAAUAUCGACGAUUGGUGGUCAAGGCAUUGCUGAUGGUCAGCUGGUUGGACCAUGGGGCCUGGCUAUUGAUAAUGACUAUCAUCUACUGGUGUGUGAUAAUGGUAAUAACAGCGUACAAAAAUUCACAUUGGAUGGUCGUUUUGUAGGACAGACUUGUGAUGUAAUCAAGAAACCUGAGUAUAUAACUGUUUUAAGGGAUGGUCAGUUAUUAGUUAGUACAGGGAUGACUGAUGAUGAAAUCGAUAACCCUACAGGUACAAUUGAGGAUGAUCAGUUAGCAGUUAGUACAGGGAUGGCUGAUGAUGAAAUCGAUAUCCCUACAGAUACAACAGAGGCUGGUGACGACUCUCUCUAUAUGAAUAUAUAUAACCCAAGAAAUGGUCGGUUAUCGGUUCGAGGGGGUUCUGGUUUGUUAUUUGUAAAGUAG